UGCAAGCCUUCGGCCUGGGCAUAGUGAUCCCUGUUUGGCUUCGCUCAUAGAAAAAGUGGACCUGCUCCUUCUGAACGUGGCCUCAGAAGGCAGAAAACUAUUCCCAGAAGCAGAGAAGGGAUGAGGACCCCGUGAAAGGCCAAGAGAUCAAAUAUGGAACAGCAAGACCCAUCUACCCCUGAAGCAGGACUUGGCCCUGAUGCCAUCAAGACUGAGACCCAUGCGGAGGAAUUCCUGGGGGAAAAUGUGCAGAAGAUCUUGGGGGAGAACCCCCUCAGCUCAGAUGUGCAGCGCCAGCAGUUCCGGUGUUUCCGCUACCAGGCAGCUGAGGGGCCCCGAGAGGCUUGCAGCCAACUCCACCUUCUUUGCCGUGAGUGGUUGAAGCCAGAGCGACACUCAAAGAACCAGAUCGUGGACAAGGUGAUCCUGGAGCAGUUCCUGGCUGUCCUGCCCCUAGAGAUGGAGAGCUGGGUGAGGGAAUGUGGGGCCGAGACCAGUUCCCAGGCAGUGGCCCUGGCAGAAGGUCUCCUGCUGAACGUGGCAGAGGACGAGAAGCAGGCAGAGCAGCAGGAAAAGGGUCUCUGUGCAGAAACAGGAAUGGAUUUCCCUGAGGCAGAGAGGACUCCAUUGGACCCCAGGCAGAGGCCGCUCGGGGAUGGAAUCAUGUCGGCAAGACCUGCUAAAUCAUAUCCCCUUUCUGGUGGAGGAGAAGCUGUUGCUGUCGCCCCAGAUCAGGAUCCAGUGUCUUUGGAGGAUGUGGCUGUGCAGUUCACGGAAGAGGAGUGGGCUUUGCUGAAUCCUGACCAGAGAGCUCUGCAUAGCGAAGUCAUGGAGGGGAUUUGUGGGACUCUGUCCUGUCUUGAAGAUAAUGAGUGGAAAGCCAAGAGGAAGGAAGAACUAUGUGGGCAAGAGAGAUGGAAAAGAGACAGAUCUGAAAACAGGGAAGAGCAGAGAAGGAAACCUGAAGCAGAAGAGAAAAGGAGGAAUAAAUCUUGUGCUUCUCAGGGCAGUGGCUACCAUAAAACUGUCAUCCGAGAAAAAACAGAUCAAAGAAUAAAAAGAAAUAAAUAUUUUCAUUGUUCGAAAAGUCUGAAUUCUAAAAGAAAGUGUAAAAAAGCCCACUACAAAAACCAGAAAAGGGAGAAAGCAUAUCAAUGUUCGGAAUGUGAAAGGAGGUUUAGCUGCAAGGCAAGUCUCAUUUUGCAUCAAAGAAUGCACACCGGUGAGAAACCAUAUAAGUGCUUAGAAUGUGGAAAGAGCUUCCGUCAGAAGAUACAUCUGACUUACCAUCAAAUAAUUCACACUGGAGAGAAACCAUAUAAGUGCUUGGAAUGUGGAAAGAGCUUCAACUGGAAAGUGCAACUCACUGCCCAUCAAAGAAUUCACACUGGGGAGAAACCAUAUAAGUGCUUACAAUGUGGAAAGAGCUUCCAUCAGAAGACAAAUCUGACUUCCCAUCAAAGAAUUCACACUGGAGAGAAACCAUAUAAGUGCUUGGAAUGUGGAAAGAGCUUCAGCUGGAAAGUGCAACUCACUGCCCAUCAAAGUAAUCACACUGGGGAGAAACCAUAUAAGUGCUUAGAAUGUGGAAAGAGCUUCAGCUGGAAAGUGCAACUCACUGCCCAUCAAAGUAAUCACACUGGGGAGAAACCAUGUAAGUGCUUGGAAUGUGGAAAGAGCUUCAGCAGGAAAAACCAACUUACUUCCCAUCGAAGUAUUCACACUGGGGAGAAACCAUAUAAGUGCUUAGAAUGUGGAAAGAGCUUCCGUCAGAAGAUACAUCUGACUUUCCAUCAAAGUAUUCACACUGGGGAGAAACCGUAUAAAUGCUUGGAAUGUGGAAAGAGCUUCAGUAGGAAACAGCAACUCACUGCCCAUCAAAGUAUUCACACUGGGGAGAAGCCAUAUAAGUGCUUAGAAUGUGGAAAGAGCCUCACUAGAUAUUCCUCUCUCACUUUCCAUCAAAGAAUUCACACUGGGGAGAAACCAUAUAAGUGCUUAGAAUGUGAAAAGAGCUUCAGUAGGAAACAGCAACUCACUGACCAUCGAAGGAUUCACACUGGGGAGAAACUAUAUAAAUGCCUGGAAUGUGGAAAGUGCUUUACUAGAAAUUUCUCUCUCACUUUGCAUCAAAGAAUUCACACUGGGGAGAAACCAUAUAAGUGCUUAGAAUGUGAAAAGAGCUUCAGUAGGAAACAGCAACUCACUGCCCAUCAAAGUAUUCACACUGGGGAGAAGCCAUAUAAGUGCUUAGAAUGUGGAAAGAGCUUCAGUAGGAAACAGCAACUCACUGCCCAUCAAAGUAUUCACACUGGGGAGAAGCCAUAUAAGUGCUUACAAUGUGGAAAGAGCUUCACUAGAUAUUCCUCUCUCACUUUCCAUCAAAAAAUUCACACUGGGGAGAAACCAUAUAAGUGCUUAGAAUGUGAAAAGAGCUUCAGUAGGAAACAGCAACUCACUGACCAUCAAAGUAUUCACACUGGGGAGAAACUAUAUAAAUGCCUGGAAUGUGGAAAGUGCUUUACUAGAAAUUCCUCUCUCACUUUGCAUCAAAGAAUUCACACUGGGGAGAAACCAUAUAAGUGCUUAGAAUGUGAAAAGAGCUUCAGUAGGAAACAGCAACUCACUGCCCAUCAAAGUAUUCACACUGGGGAGAAGCCAUAUAAGUGCUUAGAAUGUGGAAAGAGCUUCCACCAGAAGAUAAAUCUGACUUCCCAUCAAAGAACUCACACUGGGGAGAAACCAUAUAAAUGCUUAGAAUGUGAAAAGAGCUUCAGUAGGAAACAGCAACUCACUGACCAUCAAAGUGUUCACACUGGGGAGAAGCCAUAUGAAUGCCUGGAAUGUGGAAAGGGCUUUACUAGAAAUUCCUCUCUCACUUUGCAUGAAAGUAUUCACACUGGGGAGAAACCAUAUAAGUGCUUAGAAUGUGGAAAGAGCUUCAGUAGGAAACAGAAAGGAAUGCUUCUAGCAACUACCAGUAGCAGUGUCCAUAAGCGUCGUCGAGGUGGUUCAGAAAGCCAGGGGUUCAGUCCGAAGGGCCUGGAGUCUGCGAACUACGUUUCACAUGGAGGUCACGCCCGACGUUGUAGUCAGCAACACGCUGAAGCCAGGGUCUGGCUUUUAAAGAACACCUCUGCAGACGGGUGGGAACAAUCACCCCUCUGGCUUCUGCAAGCGUGCCGGCCUUAAACGGACAGGCCGGCCCCUCUGCUGCCUGACUUUCUGUCUCCUCCGCUCUGCAGGUGGGAGGGGAGCCUCCUGGUCACUAUCUGACUCGGGCUGAAGAGCUUCAGCUGUGUCUCGGACGCUCUGCAGCUGAGGGGGAGUAGGAGCUGCAUUCUCAGGAGUUUCCUCUCUUUCCCCUUCUGGGUGUGUGGCUGUUACUCCUGAGUCAUCCUCGUCUGACGAGUCCUCCGAAGGGGCCAUGACAGGAUUAAGGAUGUUGGACCAGAAAAUGUUCUGCUUUUAUCAGACUCUCUUUCAGGCUUGCAGGCUAUUCUGUCUGGUGGUGUAGCCUGCAAAAAGGAUGUGAUUAAUGAAAUAUGGACUUUAAAUACAGAACUUUGCUCCA